CCCCACUCGCGUUGCUCACCCUAACAAGGGCCUAACCUCCUCCCGUAUACUCGUUGUGCAUGCGAGGCCGUGCUAGUCCGAUCUGCAAGAAGCACGCCAAAUACCCUUGUAAGGGUAUUUGGUACGACAACGCACCCAUCGUCCCUCCACCACCAGACGGAGAUAUGGACGUUGUUGCAGUGCCACACGACAGAGAGGUGCACGGCGAGAGAGUGGUUCAGUCCCCUGUGCCAGAGGAUGAUGUUGCUCGGCCGGUGGUCCGUCAGAUAGUCGAUAGUGUAGAUACGGCUUUGCUGGGAGAUUCAGGAGCGGUAUCAGGGGGAGACAUGCAGGAGGAGGACACACUUGGGAGUCCAGCGGCGGUGGGGGGAGAUGCAGAGACAGGGGAGGACAGGGUUCGGGAGGUAUAUGGAGAUGUGGGUGCGCCCUCGACUAUACCUGGUUCACGCGAGGAGGAGGGAGCAGGAGUCAUGGCGCCAUCGCCGAUUCCGCAUGAUUCACCGACAGCUAGACUCCGACCACCCAGUCAGCGGUCACGACGUCGUCCACCUCGUUACGUAGAGCAGCCACGAGGCAGUUUGAUGUUCGGCGCGAUGACUGUCGAUGAGUUGGGUGCGUGCCUUGCGACAGAUCUCACAGAGACGAGACGUGGAGUGAGGAUCGACUCAAAGAAAGGCAAAGCACUUCUACCACGCGUGCAGUCCGUUUCGUGGGGCCCUGCUAGCCAGACACCACCAUCAGACGCUUCGGUAGCGGUGGGUGCCAUGGGAGUUGGUGCGGCGCAGUCCCCUCCCAGUGUGGCACGAGAUCGCGGGACACGACCUUCUGCGCCAACCUCAGUGGCGGGCGGGCCUCGGGAGUGUGGACAGGCGACGGCACAGGCCGUGGCUUCUUUACUUGGGCGCAAUCACAUUCCUUGGGGCGACACGAGGAGGUCGACCGUGGGUACCAGGAAGAGGCAGCCCGGGUUGGGGAGGAGACGCUCGUCCACAUCAUCGACGAGGGAGGUGCAUGUUGCUGGGUUUGAGCAUCGUGGUGGGUUAGGUGCUAAGGUUGAGGGUGCGGGCGGACGUGGAUCUGCAGCGCCCGGCGCACGAGUGUCGACUCACGGAUUGAGGGAGGUUUCACAGAUCCUCGGGGCAGAUGUGUUGGGGCCUCCCAGGACACAGCGACCGCUACUCAGACGAGCAUCAUGCCUGGAUGGUGAGACCACCGGGGGCGAGGGGUUGGAGAUGAUGCGAGGGAGACGUCGCACGGACACCAUCUUAGGCUUCGCAGAGGGAGAUGAGACUGAAUGGCGUCACGGUGGUUGAGGACGAUCACACUGACGUCGCUGAAGAGGAGGCUGACGGAGAGGAGGACCUGCCAACACACGAGGCACGCCGGGCGACCUUCGAGC